AAAGAAAUCAAAUUGGUUUAUACUAGCUCGUAAAAACGAUAUUGGAUAUUGGAUUGAAAAUACAACUCUGACCUUGAAAAAUGCGGUUAUUCAUAGUUUUAUACUGUUACUGUGUUCUGAUGGAUUAAACUGACUGUUCUUUUUGGUUUACAAAUAAGCAUAGCAGGCUGCUUGCAAAUAUUGAGAUGUUUCUACCAGAAAGAAAGGCCAGCCAUUCCAGGGAUACACAAGGAAAUAUUGUUGGCCUGGAUUUUUCGGGCGAUGAUAGCUCGGACUCCGCAUCAAAAGAAUGGGUUUACACAAGAUGGGCUAAAAUCAUGUUUCGUACUGCUGCCAUGGUCAGUCUUGCUUCAGUUAGUAUGAAUACACCAGACACAUUUAAACAAGUUCCCAGUUUAAUGUAUAUCACAUUUAUAUUGGAUUUAAUGGUUGCCUUAUUGUUUACAAUUGAAAUGAUUAGUAAGAUGUACAUUGAAGGCAUAAUUGCACCAGCAUCAAGUCAGAAUUUGAAUCAACUAAUACGAACGCAAAUUGCUGCAAAGUCCACUGGCGGAGGAAUGGAUCAAAAACGCAACCGUGCUUAUUUUCAGAAAUCAUGGAAUUACUUUGAUGCUUUUAUGCUACUGUGUAUAUGGGCUUCGUUGGCUCUGCAAUGCGUAGAAUUUUAUGUCACAUUCCAUUGUCCAAUUAGUAAUAAUGCCUCUGCUGAUAGCAACAGUAAUAAUUAUACUACUACUAAUAAUAAUAAUGGUAAUUUAUGUCCGAGUAAUGAAAACUUUCGACGUCAUUAUGGUUUUCUAAGUAUGAUACGUUGUCCAAGACCGCUAAUAUUGAUUCGUGUAUUUCGUGCUGUCCUGAGACUUCAACUGCCUCAAGCACGUGUCAAAGCUAUAUUUCAGCGAUCUACUCAUCAAAUGUACAAUGUCACAGUAUUUCUCCUGUUCUUUAUGUCAUUAUACGGUUUUCUUGGUGUACAAUUUUUCGGUGAUGAAUUAAAUUAUCACUGCGUUUUGAAUACAGCCAAUGAAACGCAUAUAACAAAACAAGAUUUAGCCAUACCAGAUUCAUAUUGUAAUCCAGCAAAAAGUCCUGAAGAUCAAUGUCCAAGUAAUAUGAAAUGUAUACGUAUUGCUAGUUCUAUACAAGAUGAUGGAGGUUAUGCUGGAUUUGAAAGUUUUCAUGUAAGCAUAUUUACAGUAUAUCAGGCAGCUUCACAAGAAGGUUGGGUUUUCAUCAUGUAUCGUGCAAUGGAUUGUCUUGCCUCAUGGAAAGGAGUUGUCUAUUUCAUGUCUAUGAUAUUUUUAGUCGCAUGGUUAGUCAAGAAUGUAUUCAUUGCUGUUCUGAUUGAAACAUUUGCUGAAAUAAGAGUACAAUUUCAACAGAUGUGGACACCAAGACACACUGCAGAUGCGGAUUCAUCAAAGAUAUUUCAAUUCGAUGGUCUGACGUGGAAAUUAGUUCCUGUACACGAAAGUAAAGCACGUGGUUUAGCGCCAAAGUUUUUCCAAGAAACUAUCCUGAAAUCGACUGGAUUCAAUGUGGUCAUUAUGGUUCUGGUUUUGGCUAAUGCAAUUACAGCAGCUGCAUUGCAUUUUAAUCAUCAAAGUUUGAGAGGUGAUGACUAUCUUGAAGAUCAGUUGGAUGGCUUUUAUUAUGCUGAGAUAUUAUUCACAGUUCUGUUCAACUUUGAAGCUGUUUUUAAAAUUUGGUGUUUAGGCUGGUCAAACUAUUGGCACAGAUCAUUGUUUAAAUUUGAAUUAUUUCUAUGCAUUGGGACAACAAUUCAUUGUAUACCAUUGCUGUAUCGUACAGAAUUCACCUACUUAGCUGUUCUACGUAUUGUACGCUUAAUCAAAGCUUCUCCAAUGUUAGAAGAUUUUUGUUUCAAGAUCUUUGGACCUGCUAAAAAGUUGGGCAGUCUAAUCUUAUUCACUACCUGUUUCUUAAUGAUUACGUCAACAUUCAGUUUACAGUUGUUUUGUUUCUUUCAAGUAUUUGAGCCAACUUUCGAUAGAUUCUCUACAUUUCCAAAAGCAUUUAUGUCAAUGUUUCAAAUACUCACACAAAAAGGUUGGGUUGCUGUUAUGCAUGAUACAAUGGACGUUGUGGAAAAUGAAGCUGUGACUACAGGUGUGGCGAUAUACUUUGUAUUCUAUCAUUUAGUUGUAACACUGAUUGUACUCAGCCUUUUUGUCGCUGUUAUCCUGGAUAAUUUAGAAUUGGAUGAAGAUAUUAAAAAGUUGAAACAGCUUAAAUUGAGAGAGAUUAGCGCUGAAACACAACAGAAGCUACCGAUGCGUUUACGUGUAUUUGAAAAAUUUCCAAAUCGUCCACAAAUGAUCCAACUGACACGACUUGUCUCCGACUUUUUAAUGCCAAAAAUUCGUGACAGUUUUAUGCGACAAUUUGCUGCGAUCUCUGCGCUUGAAGAAGUUGAAGAUGAAGCCAUCGAAGAAAUGCUAGCUACAAUGACUAAGUCGGCUCAACACAAUGCAGAACAAAGCCAAUUGAAACUUAACCCACUAUAUACUACUUCCUCGUUAACUACUAGUAGUAGUAUACAUAAUAAACUAGCUAAAGAAAUGUUGAAUAAUCAAACAAAUGUAGAAACACUGAGAGCGAUAAAAAGAAAAGUUCAUGGAUUACAUGGUGAAGAAAAAUUUCGUGCAAUUAUUUAUCUUCUUAAUGAGUCGAAUAAAACACGUUUAUUGACAAGUGAGAAGACUACAACUGCUGGUACUAGAUCUCUUCUGUCAACACAACAUCAAAUUCGAUUAGAAAGAAGAAGUAUACGAAAUAGAGUGGGAAAUACUUUGGCUUCACAGAAAUCAUUCCGAAGUAAUGGUGAAGUAAGAGGUAAUCCAUCAGGAAGAACUGGCAAUCAAACUGGUGAUACACAGACAACAACUGGAGAUAGGACAAGUCAUGUUGAUAUUAAACUGUUACAGCAGAAAGCACAGCUGGCAGAGAUUAAAAGAACACAACAAGAAGUUGAACUGAGAGAGAAUCAUCCAUUUUUUGAUCGACCGUUGUUUGUUCUUGGACGAGAGAAUCGUUUCCGUCAGUUGUGUUUAAUUCUUGUUGAAGCCAGGCAUAAAGCUCAUGAUGCACUAGAUUCAACAGAUAAUGGAAGUUUUAUACAUAAAUUUCUUGGUCUAGUUACCUAUUUGGAUUGGAUAGCUAUAUUUGUGACAACUUUAUCGUGUGCAUCAAUGUCUUUAGAGACACCACAUUUCAGACUGAUGAAUACGCCUGAAGUACAGAUAUGUGAAUACAUCUUCUUUGUUGUGAUGACAUUGGAAAUGACUUUGAAAAUAUUCGCCAAUGGACUAAUAUUCACUCCAAAUGCUCUUUUAAAAGAUUUUGGUGGAUUUUUAGAUUUAUUUAUCUACAUAAUUAGCCUAAUUUUUGUCAGUUAUAUGAUACGUGUUGAUGUUAUCGGUCCAGCAUCUGGCGGACAUUUAUUAAUGGUAUUACGAUGUCUACGACCGCUGAGAAUAUUUUGUCUUGUACCACAAAUGCGUAGAGUUGUCUAUGAAUUAGUCCGUGGAUUUAAAGAAAUUCUUAUGGUAUCAGUCCUCCUGGUUGUAUUCAUGUUUAUGUUUGCUGUCUAUGGUGUGCAUUUAUUCGGUGGACGUUUGGCUAUAUGUAAUGAUAGAAAUAUAACAACUAAAGAAAAAUGUGUUGGAAGAUUUAUGCGUGAAUUAGCCUCAACUAAACUGAAAAGUGUUAAAGGUGAACCAUUAAAACUACUUGUACCAAGAGUAUGGGCUAAUCCGAGGAAUUUCAAUUUUGAUAAUAUUGGCAAUGCAAUACUGGCUUUAUUUGAAGUUCUGUCCCUAGAAGGUUGGGUUGAAAUACGUGAUGUUAUAAAAGAGCGUAUUGGUCCGCGACAUGUGAUCUACAUUCAUUUAUUCGUAUUUAUUGGAUGCUUGAUUGGCUUAACUUUAUUUGUUGGCGUUGUCAUUGCUAACUAUAGUGAGAAUAAGGGAACAGCGCUUCUCACUGUCGAUCAACGUAGAUGGUUGGAUUUAAAAGGUCGUAUACGGCUUACACAACCACUACAAAUCCCACCACGGCCAAAAUUACAUCAAGAACCUGGUCAAACAAGAAAUAUUGUCACACCGAUGUCAAAUAAUCUAGAGAAGAAAAGUUUAAAGUUCCGGUGUUUCAUUUACGACAUAACACAGCAUAUUUUAUUCAAACGGGCAUCAGCAACACUUGUUGUUGCGAAUUGUUUCCUCCUAUUCUUCCCUUUCAAUGAACUUGGUGUGGAAAGAUCUAGUUGGGUUAGACCAAGAUAUCAAGUUCAAGUUUCAUUGGGUAUAAUAUUCACAUUAUUCUUUUGUUUGGAAUGUCUAUUGAAAAUAAUUGCAUUGAAAUUUGGUGGUUAUUGGCAAUCGAAACGAAAUCGUUUUGAUAUGCUUGUUGCUGUACUUGGUGUCACAUGGAUUAUUCUACACUUUAUACUUCGACCGAUACCUGAGAAACACAUGAUCAGUAAUAAUUUUGGUUGGUUUGUUCUAAUGCUGAGAUUUUUCACAAUAGCUGGAAGACACGUAACAUUAAAAAUGUUAAUGUUAACAGUGGUUAUGUCAAUGUACAAGUCGCUAUUUAUCAUAAUGAGUAUGUUUCUCCUAAUGAUGGUUUAUGCCCUGGCUGGUGUUACACUAUUUGGUUCAGUUAAAUACGGUGAUAAUCUUGGUCGACAUGCAAAUUUUCAUAAUACAUUUCGAGCCACCGCAUUGUUGACGAGAAUUGUUACAGGAGAAGAUUGGAAUAAAAUUAUGCAUGAUUGUAUGAUACAACCACCAUUUUGUCGUAUGCGUACUAACUUCUGGGAGACAGAUUGUGGAAAUUUCAGAGCUGCAUUAAUCUACUUUUGUUCAUUCUAUGUGAUUAUCACUUAUGUUAUGCUGAAUGUACUUGUAGCUAUUAUUAUGGAGAAUUUCUCCCUGUUCUAUUCAAACGAUGAAGAUGCAAUUAUGAGUUAUAAUGAUAUACGUAAUUUCCAACUGGCUUGGAAUAUUAUCGAUGUGAAUAGAAAAGGUGUUGUCAAAGCCUACUAUGUACGAUUUUUGUUACGUCUUAUUCCUCGAGAACGUGUGGGCUUUGAUUUAGCUAAAAAGAAAGAUCAACAACUAUUCAAGGAAAUGUGUUAUGAAGUAGAAAUGCUACGUGGUGGUCGUGAUAAAGAAGUCAGUUUUCAUGAUGUCCUCAUGGUAUUAGCUUAUCGAACUGUUGACAUUACAAAAACUCUACAGCUAGAAGAACUAAUAGCUCGAGAAGAAUUGGAAUAUGCAAUUGAAGAGGAGGUUGCCAGACAGACUAUUGCUGCAUGGAUUGAACGGUGUAUAUUUAGAAAUCGUCAGAAACACGGACAGUUAAAAUUUAAGAUGCAUUCAAAUAUUGAACGUCAAAUUAGCAGUGCACUGGAUGAAUCCGAUGAAUUAAACAAACGGAGUGAUUUUCUACCGACUAAAAGUGUACGCAUCAAAAGUCAACCGUCAAUAACGCAUAAAUCAUCUACAUCCUCUGCAAUAAUACUUUUUUCACCUAAAGAUCAUAGCGGAAAGAUAAUGGAAAUCCCACUGGAGGCAAGUAAUGAAAGAGCCAGCAUGAUAUGUGCACCACAAGUGAAGAUACCAUCAGUAAAACUCAUCCCGACAACAACAACAACAACACCAGCAACAACAAUAACGCCAGAUGUAGCUUCUUCUCUCACAACUCCUAACAUGAUUGCAAAGCCUUCUGUGACAGUUAACCCGAUUAAUUCUCCAGCAUCUGUUGGUUUAGUGCAUCCGGUUCAAUCAGUGAAAAAAUCCAACACGGAGACACAGAGUAACACACUUCGUAAGGGUAAAAAGUUAUCGUUCCAUCAGCGUACAGAUGAUAAUAACUCGGCAAAUGUAUUCAUCAAUCAAAGUGAUGAAAACAAUCAUAACACUUCGACAACGACUACUGAUGAUAAUAAAGCCUUGGCUGAUUUUGAUGAAUACAGCUAUACUUGUGAUAAUUCCGAUCAUACAACACCUUUACUUCGACCAGAUGAUCGAGGUGAGAAGAAGUUGUGCAACUCAAUCGAUCAUCAUCAUUAUCAACAUCCUACUCAAUUAAGUAAAAAGUUAAUCUCGGGUAAAUGUAACCUGGAUAGGCUAACAACUCCUACUACUAAUAAUAGUAGUAAUCAGAGUAAACUAAUUGGAGGUACAACAUUCAUUGACACAUGUUUAAUCAAUGAAAACGCCACUAAAUCUUAUCGUAGUAAAAGUGAUAUUGAAUCCCCACUAGUAUUAAUUGAAGGGAAAAAGACAACUAAAUUAAUUGAACCAUACGAAUUUACAAUUAUUGAAAAUCCUAUGGGAUUAGAAGAAGCUGAUCAACCACCACAAGUGCAACAACAAAAACAGCAACAGCAACAGAUCUCACGACCUCCACCUCAAUCAACAAAUUCCCCCUCAUCAUCAUCGUCUUCCCGUGUUAAGCCGACAAUUGUUACAUCACUGAAGGCGACAGCAUUACAUAGUAAGCCGAGACAAAGUUUGAUUAAUAAAUUAUCAAAAUUACCGGAUGUCGUUGAAGAUACUGAUGAACCGGGAGAUAAACAUUUAAUGGUGUAUAGUUGUUCGGGGAAUAUGACAUCGACACCGACAUCACGUUCAGAUAAAAAGUUGUCAUGUAAAGUUGGCGGGAAUAGUUUCAAGAGGAGGUUGGAUAAAAAUUCUAGAGAAUUUGAGAAUGAGUUAUGGUCGAAUGAAUUGACUGGUGGUAUUGUCGAUAUUGAAAGCGAGGAGAAAGAUGGUAAUAAGAAUAAUAAUAAAAAUUGUCAAGUUCGACAAGUUGACGUUGUUCCAUCAUUCAAAUAUCUUACUUCAGGAUUACAAGAAGAAGAAGAAGAAGAAGAGGACGCGGAGGCGCCGGAGGUUGGGGAGGAAGAAGAAGGCAGAGAAGGUGAGUCAGAAGCAGAAGAAGCCGAGGAAGCAAUCGACAUUUUACCUUCAACAGGAAAACUCAGCAUUUCACCUUCAACGACAACAACAACAACGCUAAUACGUAAGCCUAAUUACAAAUAUCAUAAUGAAAUUGUCGAUUUAAGUAAGCAUAUCAAUGAUUCAUGUGAUGAAGUGAAAAAGUGGUGGCGUAGUCAGCUGUAUCCAAAUGCCCAACAGACAACAUCACAUCAACAUCACUAUCAUCGCCAUCACCCACAUCACCAUCAACCACCACAAUCUCAAAAACAUCAACACCAACAACAGUCACGUUUACAUUCCCAACAACAACAACAACACUUACCAGUUCUUGUUCAGUGUAAUACUGGAACGGAUAUAGAGAAUAUCUCCCCGAUGAAUAGUCCUAAAAAGAAAUCACUGAGAUCACAUACAAAUCCAUCGAAAAUGAUGAUGAUGUCAUCAUUGGCUAGUAGUAAAAGACGUUCAGGUGCAGCAGCGGUUAUUUCACGUCGGCCCCAUCAAUUGCAUCAUCAUCACCAGCAACAGCAACAGCAACAACAACAGAAUCAGCCGAGAUCGAAUAAUUUACUCAGUAUUACUAUUGAUGAAUACACGAAUGAUGAAGUGGACAGAAGUAGUGCUAAUAUUACUACUACUAAUACUACUGGCAGUAUUAUAAGUAGUAAUGUGAAUAAAAAAGAAAAUCGUUUGCUACAAAAAGAUAUUUAAUUCAAUUAUAUCAUACAAAUACAUAUAAAUAUAUACAUAUGCGUAUGUGAGUAACAGAUGAACACACUGAAUCAAUGCUUAAUACUGAUUGGUGCAACCUGUUGAGAUUGUUACUUGAGAUUCCAUUUCUUGGCUUUCCUGUUUCCUUCGAUCGAUUUCUAUUCUGUCCUUCUCUGCUCUCUCUGUGUUUCUCUCGAUGUUGUGAUCUACUAUUUUUGUUGUUAUUACUACUAUUGUUGUCAUAGUCUAUUUUACUUUAACGCUUUAUAUUAUCUACGAGCAAUUCCUUUCAGAUUCAUAUGAUAAGUGAAGCGUAAAUAAUUAUUUAAUUUAUCAAAGUA